AUGUCUGUCGCCUCCUCCCACCACCUGCGGCCGUCGCCGGCGGCGGCGGGCCCGGCGCGGCGGCCGGGCUGCGCCGCAGCGCCGCGCGUGUCGCUCUGGCCAGCCGGUGCCUCGCCCCCGUACCGCGGCCGCUGCACCGUCGUGGCGGCGGCGGCGGCGCCUGCCGCGGGCGCCGGCGGCGAGGCAGCCUCGGCCCCCGCCGCCGUGUCGGCGGUCGCCCCCGCGGCCGCCGCCAGGGACAACGCCAAAUGCAGGGUGCGGCGGCACACGAUUUCGGUGUUCGUCGGGGACGAGAGCGGCAUGAUCAACCGGAUCGCCGGGGUCUUCGCCAGGAGAGGCUACAACAUCGAGUCGCUCGCCGUGGGGCUCAACAAGGACAAGGCGCUCUUCACCAUUGUCGUCUCCGGGACCGACAGGGUGCUCAACCAAGUCAUCGAGCAGCUCAAUAAGCUUGUCAACGUCCUCAGUGUCGAAGAUUUAUCUAAAGAACCUCAGGUUGAAAGAGAGCUGAUGCUUAUAAAACUAAACGUUGAACCUGAUCAGCGCCCUGAGGUCAUGGUUUUAGUUGAUAUUUUCAGAGCAAAAGUUGUUGAUAUAUCUGAGAAAACACUUACCAUAGAGGUAGCUGGAGAUCCUGGCAAAAUUGCUGCAGUGCAGAGGAAUCUAAGGAGAUUCGGAAUCAAAGAAAUUUGCAGGACAGGAAAAAUUGCUUUGAGACGUGAAAAGAUUGGUGCAACAGCCCGUUUCUGGCAAUUUUCUGCUGCUUCUUACCCAGACCUUAUAGAGGCAUUGCCGAAAAAUCCAAUUACAUCUGUAAAUAGGACAGUGAAUGGCAGUUUUGAUCAACCAUCCAAUGCUGGGGGUGAUGUCUAUCCUGUGGAAUCUUACGAGAGCUUAUCAGCAAACCAUGUACUUGAUGCUCAUUGGGGUGUUCUGGAUGAUGAUGAUGAUGCAACUGGACUUCGCUCGCAUACCCUCUCCAUCCUUGUGAAUGACUGUCCUGGUGUCCUCAACAUUGUAACAGGAGUCUUUGCUCGCAGGGGCUACAAUAUACAGAGCCUUGCUGUUGGCCCAGCUGAGAAGGAAGGCAUUUCGCGUAUUACAACAGUUGUUCCUGGUACCGUUGAAUCCAUUGAGAAGUUAGUUCAGCAGCUUUACAAGCUUGUUGAUGUGCAUGAAGUUCAUGACAUUACCCCCUCACCUUUUGCUGAAAGGGAACUGAUGCUUAUUAAGGUUUCUGUAAACACUGCUGCUCGGAGGGAAAUCCUAGAUAUUGCCGAAAUCUUCCGAGCAAAACCUGUUGAUGUUUCUGACCAUACAGUAACGCUUCAGCUUACUGGAGAUUUUGACAAGAUGGUUGCACUACAAAGGUUAUUGGAGCCAUAUGGCAUCUGCGAGGUCGCCAGAACUGGACGAGUGGCACUGGUCCGUGAAUCGAAGGUCGACUCCAAGUACCUACGCGGCUACUCUCUUCCAUUGUAG